AUGCCGCAGUCGCAAGCGGGCCAGGUCGAGAACGUGAAGCGAGUCAUCUUACGGCCUACUUGGCAGAAUGUAGUGGCCAGCUCCUACCCAUUCAAGGGAAUCAUAUACUUCAUCGGUCACCCGUUUCUCUACCCCCUCGCGCGCAAACGUCUCCUCCCAGCCUUUCUGCUAAGCACGUUCGUCAUCGUCAACCUCUUCGUCUGGGCAUAUCUGCCACAGGUCGCGUUCCUGGCCCUCUUUCAUAAGACAGGCAGCGCAUGGGUCAACGGAACGUUCUUGACGCUAGGGGAAGCAGCAGCUGUAACAGCGAUACUGUUCGAGGCUUUUUUGGUGGACGAGUCGCAGGUAGAUAUUUUUGAUGCCAUCCUGGUCCACAAAGGUUACGAUGAUCUGGUCCGUCAAUUUCGACCAGUUUCCGACGACUCUAUGAACAAUCCUGUACAGCGACUCGGCAAACCGACCAAGUCGUCUGUGUAUGGUCCUUUCUCAUUUCGGCAGAUCGCAGAGUUUGUAAUUUUGCUACCACUCAACUUUGUGCCGUAUUUUGGUGUACCGUUGUUCUUGCUGCUUACGGGAUAUCGUGCGGGGCCACUACAACACUGGAGAUAUUUCAAGCUGCUCGAUUUCAACAAACAGGAGCGAGAUGCGUUUGUAAGACGGAGGAGAUGGCAAUAUACUUGGUACGGCACCGUCUAUCUGCUUUUGCAGCUUGUACCAGGACUGAGCAUGUUCUUUCUAUUAACCGCAGCUGUCAGCUCCUCUCUUUGGGCUGCUGACAUGGAAAGCAAGCGGCGAGAGCAAGAAAACGCUGCAAUCCAAGCUCCCGCCUACACUGACCAGCCACCGGAAGACCACGUAUAG